AUGUCCAACAAAUACCCUAACCCAUGGCGCAGCCCGCGCCUGCACUACCGCGCCAUCCGCCCCUGCGACAAAUCCAUCUUCCUCGCCCUCGCCGCAGACCCAGCCAUGUACAUGGCCAGCACGCACGCGACCCUCAAAUUGCCCACGGAACAAGACGCCUCUGAAAACAUGCAUCAGGGCGCCUCUGACCGCAGCUCCGGCGAAGAAGAAAGCCUCUUACAAGCCAUAAUCUGGCGGCCGCACGACACGCCGAUUGCGUCGCUGGCGGCGGAGCAAAAAGAAGCGUUUGGGGUUGCGGUGGGGCAGAUUUAUUCUGCGCCGGUGUCGCUGCAUGAGGCGCAUCAUCGGACUAUGGAGAUUGGGCUGGAUAUUUUGCCCGCGUACCAGGGGAAGGGGUAUGGGAGUGAAGCGAUUAAUUGGGCGUUGGACUUUGGGUUUCGGAGGGCCGGGCUGCAUACUGUGCGGUUGAGGGCGUUUGGGUGGAAUAAGGGGGCGAUACGGUUGUAUGAGCGGCUGGGGUUUGUGGUGGAGGGGAGGGAGAGGGAGGCUGUGUGGUUUGAGGGGGAGUGGUGGGAUUCGUUUACGCUGGGGAUGCUGGAUAGGGAGUGGUAUGCGAGGGAGGCGGGGAAAAAAGAAGAAGCAUAG